AUGCAGGGAUUUAACAGCUGUGGAGUUCCCCAGAGCCCCUUUAGCUCUGCAUUAGAGGAGAAGACAUCGUUGGGGAUUAUUGCGAAAGGGAAAACUCUGUGGCUGGCCUUAGACCAAUCCCCUAGUCUUACCCUUCCCUCGGCUGAUGUAUUGAUACAAGGCAAGGUGUACACGUCUGGCCUGAACUGAGUUCUCAUCUCUACCCUCAGCAUCAUCAUCAUGUCGAGCUGCCUCUUCCUCCUGAAGGCACUUCUUGCUCUUGGGUCCGUGGCAUCCUGGGUGACUGCAGGAGAGCAUGAGUUUGGCGGUGAAUGUCCUGCCGACCCCCUUCCGUGUGAAGAGCUGUGUGAUGGGGACGCAUCCUGUCCUCAGGGACAUAAGUGCUGCAGCACCGGCUGUGGCCAUGCCUGCCAUCGAGACAUUAAGGGAGGGCAGGGUGGUGACUGUCCAAAAAUUUUGGCAGGCCUGUGCAUUGUCAGCUGCACGGUGGAUGAGAACUGCCCAGCUGGGGAAAAGUGCUGCAAGUCAGGCUGUGGCCGUUUCUGUGUCCCGCAUCCUGCCACCCCAGCUGGCCCUGAACCCCAACGGGACCAUCAGGUCUAA